CAAACCGUCUGGUGCACUGCAGUCUAUGAUUCACCUUUCGCCUGGAAAUAGAAACUGUUUUCAUUGUUUGAAAAAUAGCGUAGGCUACGCAUACAGCACAUUCUCCAUGAAAAUAAAUAUUGGUGAAGGGAAAACUUUUCGAAGUCCGCGCGUGGUCAAUGAAUUGUCAGUUAUGCUGUCAAGAGGACAACUCUGAGAUUCGUGACGUUCGUGCAUUACAUCAAACAGAGAUCUGCAGCUGGUCUCAAUAAGGAUGACAUUGUCCAACAAUCAGACCUGGAGGUAACGCAAGGACGUCAGUCCCCCCUUCUCUCUGCAUCUGAGAGUGGAGAUGGUCCACUGGGCCACACAGUGGUUGACAUGUGUCUGGCUCCAGACUGUCUUGACCUCCACAUUGGACACCUGCCCCUCCACAACCCCUAGCCCUGUCAACUUCUCUGUGGUCUACACCAUGCCCUUCUUCCAAACAAAGAGCCCCAUCCAAAACAUAGUGACCAACUCAAUGUACCAGGAAGUGUAUGUGGCAUCUCAGAAUGUGAUCGAGGCUGUGAACAUGAGUUUGGAGAAGGUGUGGGAGCUUCCUACAGGCCCAGUGGGCGGCCCUGAGUGUAAGAUUUGUGAUUUGUGUGACGUUGACAAGGAUCCCAACUUCCUAGAGAACACUGACAAUGAGGUAUUAUUGUUGGAUACAUUCUUUAUGUAUUUAUACUCUUGUGGGAGUUCUCAAUAUGGUGUAUGCCAUUUCCACCAACUUAAGACAGAUGGACAACCACCCAAUAAGAAUUCAUCUAAGUGUUUAUUCAGAAAAGAAUCUAACUCUGCUGCCUAUUGCCCUGACUGCCUUGCCAGCCCGCUGGGCACCAAAGUCACCAUGGUGGAGGAGGGACAGACUGUAUACUUUUUUGUGGCUUCCACUGUAAAUGAUAGCAUGACACAGAGAUAUGACAGGAAGUCCAUAUCAGUGCGCCGGCCAUUGGCGUCAGAAGACGGUUUUUACAAUGACGUGCGGGGACUGACCGUUCUGCCUAGCCUGCGCAGGACCUACAACAUUGAGUAUGUCUACAGCUUCUUCACCCAGGAGUUUGUCUACUUCCUGUCCGUCCAGAGAGAGAGCCCUGACCAAGAGUUCUCCCCGUUUCAGACGCGGCUGGGCCGCCUGCCGAGGAAUGAGUGGGAGAUGAGGAGGUACCGGGAGGUGGUUCUGGAGUGCCGGUUUGAACCCAAACGGAGGAGAAGGAACACGGUAAGCGGGAGUGAGGCCUUUAAGGAUGUGGUGUACAACAUGGUGCAGGCCGCCCACUUUGGGAAGGCAGGCAGUGAGCUGGCGGAAGAACUUGGAGCAGAGGAAGAGGAUGACAUCCUGUAUGGAGUGUUCGCUGUCACAGAUGACAAUAGGGUCACAGAGCACGACUCAGCCCUCUGUGCCUUUCCAAUGGACAAUGUGAACAAGGCCAUCGAUGACGGGGUGGAUGACUGCUGUAAGUCUGGCCCGGAGCAGCUGUCCCGGGGACUUUGCCACUUCCAGGCCUGCGAGAGCUGUCCUCAUGAGAGCAUGGAGAACAACGCCACCUGCAGGGACCACCCCACCAUGGUGUCUAAGCCCUAUUACAGAGUGGACCUCUUCAACAGGCAGAUGAAUGACAUCCUGCUCACCUCCCUGCUUGUCACCACCAUAGAGAACAAGACCGUGGCACACAUUGGCACCUCCACUGGACGGCUCCUCCAGCUUGUUUUGAGAAGAUCAAGCCCUAUUAUCUUUGCCAAUUACACCUUGGUAGAGAACCAGAGGGUCUCCCCAAUUGCUGCUGUGUACUCGUCAGAAUCUCUACUGUUUGUGGUUGGAGACAAGGUGAUCCAGGUGCCUCAGAGGGGGCCAGGCUGCCAGCACUUCAUGACCUGUGCCAUGUGCCUGACAGCCCCUGAGUUUAUGGUCUGUGGCUGGUGCUCUGGAGAGUGUUCCUGGGAGGAGGAGUGCAGUGGCCACUGGAGGAACGAGUCUUGCCCCCCUGGUAUUUCCGGGUUCUUCCCCAAGACAGCUCCCCCUGAUGGUCAAUCAGAGCUGACUCUGUGUGGCUGGGAGUUUCAGUCUCCCCUGAGGCCUGCCAUCAGCUCCAGAACCCACCUGGUGAGACUGGGACAGACAGCCUGCUCCAUACUGCCACUGAAGAGCAACAACACACACCUGGUGUGUAAGAUCCACUCUGGGCCCAUUGAGCUGUCCAAAUCAGUUAACAUCACUGUGGAGGUGCAUGAGGAGAAGAUAGAGGGCCGCUACUCCAUCGACGGAAAAUCAGAAACGCCAGGAUUUACCUUUGUGAUUCCCAACAUCACAGACAUCCAGCCCAACUACGGGCCUCGUGUUGGGGGAACUCUGAUUACUGUGACUGGGCCUCACCUGGACGCUGGGAAGAACAGGAGGGUCACUCUAAAUGGAGAUCCCUGCCCAAUCACCAGUGUCACAGCGCCCAGAGGGAACAUGUCCUCCAUCAUCUGUCUGUCUCAGCCCAUCGCGGAGGUGAGGGACGUCCCCCUCACUGUGUUCAUAGACAAGUCCCCUGUCCUUACCACCAAAGUCUUCUACUACAAAGAAAACCCAGAGGUCACAGCUGUCCUCCCAGACUGCAGUUUCGACAGGGGCUCAAAGAUAAUCAUUGAAGGGAAGAACUUGGACUCUGUUUACAGGACCAUCAUCCGCUUUAAGCCCAAUGAGGGCCACCUGAAGCCUGUCAUCAGAGUGUGCAAAGGCAAGUCUUUGCCUACACGGAUGGAGUGCAUAACUCCUGCUCUCCUCCGGGAAGAAACAGAGGAAGGGGAGCUCUCCUUUGAUAUGGAUGGAGCUGUUGGACUGUGGAAUGGAGAGUUCUCCUACCACCCCUAUGGCGAGCCCAUACCCUUUGAAACUGAGGGCCAUGUACUUAGGCUGUACCAUGGACAAGAUGAAGUGUCACUGCAUCACCAGAAACUGAACCUUGUGAGUUCCUGCAUGACAAUCACUAUGACAGUGGGAGGAGUGGAUUGUGACGCGAAAGUCCUGGACAAUGAAAUCACCUGCAGGAUCCCCAGAAACGUAACCAUCAGUGAAGGACUGCCUGUGAAGAUCUCCAUCAAUGGGCAGGUUCACAACGUUGGGGCUGUGGUCCUGGUCAGUAAUCACUACAUGGUGGGCAUCGUACUGGGGAUACUGGGGGCCCUGGUGGCGGGGGCUGUGCUGGCCUUCGUAGUCAUGAAGCACCUGAGGAAGCAGAAGAAAGACUCUCAGGUGGAGACCCGUUUGGCCCAAAACCAUAACCGCUCCAACAGCAGUAGUCUGGAACUGUCAUCUGUAGCUGACUACAGAAGAGUAGUCCUGCCUCAGAGGCCAAGUUUGGCUCUGGGAAGCCCAGUGGUGUUCCCCAGUCUGGCCUACCCUGCAGGCAGAAUGGACCCCACACUCACCCCCCUCCUACCCCCUGAGAAGAUCUCCAUUUCCAGCUUCAGACCAGAGCUCCUGGAAGAGGUGAAGGAUGUGCUGAUCCCAGCAGACAUGCUCAUUGUCCAGCAUUGCCAGAUCAUUGGCAAGGGUCACUUUGGCACAGUUUAUCAUGGCUACUUCACAGACCACAACAACAGAGAAAUCCAUUGUGCUGUCAAGUCAUUGAACAGGAUAACAGAUGUAGAGGAGGUAGAGCAGUUUCUGAAGGAGGGCAUCCUGAUGAAGGGGUUCCAUCACACCAACGUUCUCUCUCUGCUGGGCAUCCUGUUGCCUCAGGAAGGGCUACCCCUGGUGGUACUACCUUAUAUGAAACACGGGGACCUCCGCCACUUCAUACGCUGUGAGAAAAGGAACCCCACAGUGAAGGACCUGAUUGGCUUUGGGCUUCAGGUUGCCAAGGGGAUGGAGUACUUAGCACAUAUGAAGUUUGUGCACAGGGACCUUGCAGCACGCAACUGCAUGCUGGAUGAGUCGUACACCGUGAAGGUGGCAGACUUCGGCAUGGCUAGGGAUGUGUUUGAUAAGGAGUACUACAGCAUUCAGGACCACAGGAAGGCUAAGUUACCAGUCAAGUGGAUGGCCAUCGAGAGCCUCCAGACACAGAAAUUCACUGCCAAGUCAGACGUAUGGUCCUUUGGGGUGUUGAUGUGGGAGAUGUUAACGAGAGGAGCAAGCCCCUACCCAGAGGUGGACCCCUAUGACAUCACACAUUACCUACUGAAAGGCAGGAGACUCCCCCAACCACAGUUCUGUCCUGACCCUUUGUAUGCCAUCAUGCUGCAGUGUUGGGACCCAGACCCAGAAGUGAGGCCCAGCUUCGCCACGCUGGUGUCUGCUGUCCUGACCAUCCUGUCUGGCCUGGAGGGGGAGCACUACAUCAACCUCAAGGUCACCUAUGUCAACCUGGACCAGCCACGCCCCUAUCCCGCCCUCACUGAGUCCGCAGACGAGUGUGAUUCCUCAGACACUGAAGACACACGCUCAGUGUCCUGAUGUCACACCAGGACAGGUACAUGUAGUAUGGUUUGGUGCUAUGAGCACAAGGACCUCAAAAAGUCUAACUAAAGGUUGUUGAUUAUCUUUUACUACCUAGUGUCGAUAGGAAGCAGUUGCAAUGCACAAAGUCUAAGGGACUUGAAAGUUCUUCCCCCAUUCACAUUAUAGUAUACUACCUGGCAAAGUUUUUUGUAUUAUAAGAGUGGAUGUAAUGUCCAUAUGUUUUCUAUUAAUUGUUUUUGAGAUAAAGUAAUUAUACUGUAUCAUUUGGAUCAUACUUUUACAAAACAAAAUGGACCCUAACGUUUUAACAGUGACCUGUCAUUGUUACUUUUAUUUCAUGUGUGACCUUCCUGGUCCCGUCCCUCAAGUCAGUGAGUCAACACAGGAAGGAGCAAUGGAUGGAUAGUUCAUUUAUUUCCAAAGCUGCAAUGACGUGACACACACAGUAUGGAUGAAUGGUCAGGAGUCGACAGGAUAUAAAUAGAACUCCCACAGUGAUUCUUCAUAAAUCUGCUGUGUAAUAUACUAACAAAAAAACAAAACAAUUGAAAUGUCUAUCAAAGUCAUUGUGAUCGUAUGGUGGAUUUAACCAUUUCUAAAAAUUCCUAAUUCCUAACUAUAAUAAAAUAAAUACAUUGUUUCCAUGUGUAAUCUCAUAUUUACAACAUCACAAUAAACUAUCAUCCAUUUUAGUAUCCAAAAUAUAUAAACUUAACCUGAACAAAUUGUCACAUUUGUGGUGAAGAAAUAUAAUAUACAUAGAAUGUGCCACAUCUUUUCCUAAACUAACAAAACCAGGCUAUUAAACUGGCUGAUGUUCAUGAGUUUAUAAAACAUAUACUUUAUACAUUUGUCAUAAAUUACUUGCAAUGAUGGGAUACACACAGUAUGGAUGAAUGGUCAGUAGUCUACAAGAUAUAAAUAUCACUCCUAAAGAAGAUGCAUUUUCGAGUUACCAACGUCAAAGUGGGAAUUUUAGCUUGCUUAAAACCCACAUGGAAAACUGAGAUUCCGCAAAUAACAAAUAUAGAGUGGCUUAUUUAAUGCCAAGCAAACAAUAGUAGUUACUAAUAACAUCAAUUGCUAAUGUAUGAUGUAAAAUCUGGAUUUUAUGAUGUAAUGUCAAUUUAUUACAUUUCUAUCCCGGGACCAUUCAAUUUUCAACUCACUCAUAGAAAUUCUCCAUAAAUCUACUGUUGAUUAACCAGAAUCCCAUGCCUUUAUCACUAAGUGUAUUAGACAAUGUAAACACACUAAUCUACCAGGAGGUGGCGUAAUACCCAUUUUAUUCAGGAAUGUAACAAUUGAAUUGCACCUUUACACAUGCACAAUGUGUUUUAGAUAGAGUGUAAUAAAUUGACAUAUUUAUUCUAGAUUCUUCAUCUGCCAUUUAAGUAGUAUUUAUUUUUUAACAUGAGCUUCUUCCCAUGUGGUGGCUUCAUCCAUUGUUACUGUACACUUACAGUAACAGAUACAAAUGAGACUUGUGUAAACCAUCACUGGCAAACCCUCAUGAGUUGUCCAUCAAGACUGUCAUUGAGCAAGACUUCCACUAGAGGCCAGUGUUUUACUAGAACACUGGAGAACUAUGGUGAAAACACAGCACUUUAAUAUGUAAAUCAAAUUUCCUGAACACCAUAAAGUAAAAUGGAGACAUCUCAUUGAAAAACAUGUAUUGGUGUACUUUCCAUAUGAAUCACAUCCUUUCCUUACUCUCAAAUUGCAUAUCUAUCUAUCUUUAAGACUGCACACAGUGGCCAGCAGCUCAUGAGUUGUUUUUGUAAUGAAUAAAUGGGAAGAACAACCAUAAAACACUCAUCCAAAGACGAGCUGACUUUCUGUGGAAAAUAGCAGCAAAGUUGAAAAAGAAGUCACAAUAAUCCCACCUCUUGCACACAAAAAUAAUAAAAGACAAAUAAAACCAGAGGGAAAUAAACAAAGUGUUUCUUUAUUUCCAAGCUACCAAAGAACAAAAGUGAAUUCCCAGAUGGCGGAGACUUUGAUUCGUUCUGAGAGAAACGCACAUCGUCAAAAAAUGUGUCUGGAUACCGGGGAGGGCAGAACCCUGGGUUUUAUAGAAGGAGGGGAUGAAGAGCCUGCUCUUUCUCUCACCGCACUGCCUGCCUGCCUGCCUGUGUGCGUGCUAAGAGUUACAGUCAGUGUCAGAAUGGGUAAUAUUAAUAAAUGGGUCUUAAAUACAUCUAAAACCAAAAGCAUUGUAUUUGAUUCAAAGCCUUCUCUUAGACUUAAACCUCAACUUGAGUUGUGAGUAAAGGGUGUAACCAUUGAACAUCGGAUCCUAGGAGUGACAUUGGAUGGUCAGUUAUCAUGGUCAAGUCAUAUGGCCAAAGUUGUAGUGAAGAUGAGAAGAGGUAUGUCUGUUAUAAAAAAAGACGUUCUGUGUUUUUGACACAAAGAUCAACUUUGAUUCAGGCUUUGAUCUUGUCCAAUCUCGAUUACUGUCCAGUAAUAUGGUCAAGUGCUGCAAAGAAAGACCUAGCAAAGUUGCAGCUGCUCAAAACAAAACAGCACGCCUUGCCCUUAACUGCACACACAGAACUAACAUCAACAGCAUGCAUAAUAGUCUUUCAUGGUUGAGGAGAAAUCUACUUAUCUUAUAGUCUUUGUAGCCCGUUCCUGCAGUCAAUGGCCUCAUGGGUGGAAUGUUAUUCAUAUUUUUCAUAGUUUCAUAAUUAAUACAGAUUAUCACCCCC